CUUUUUGCAUAAGUUUUAAUUUUCUUUUACUUUUUGCCUAAGUUUUAAUUUUCUUUUAUUUCUUAUAUAACCACCAUUCAAGAGAAAUCUUAUUUAAUUAUAAGUAAGUUUGGAAAGUGGGUUUUGGGUAGGAAAUAAAAUAGAUUAAUUAGCUUGAGAGAUAUUUUUAACUGUUACGUGGGAUUUUUAGUCUAAAUGCAUCUCACUCUUAUGCACCAGCUAGCUUGUAUAUUGCUUGGCUCGUGAGUAGACUGAUAUUAAUUGAGCAGGCAAUCCAGAGGAGAAAAGUGCAAAAGAAGAUAUUUCAAGAGAAGGAAAAAAGAAACUCCAAGUACAGGGCAGUAGAAUAUGAGAGCCAUGAACAUGGAAGGAGCAACAGAUCAUCACAAGAAAGAGAUUGUGAGAGACAACUUGGAAGAAAAGGAAGAAAAAGAAGAAGAAGAAGAAGAAGAAGAAGAAGAAGAAGGUGGUGGUGACAUAUUAAAUGAUUAUUCAGAGAGCUCAAAGAGAAUUCAACCAUGGACAAAACAGAUAACAAUAAGGGGAAUUCUGGCAAGCAUUAUAAUUGGAAGCAUAUACAGUGUGAUAGCCAUGAAGCUAAAUCUCACAACUGGGAUUGUUCCAAAUCUCAACGUCUCUGCUGCUCUUCUGGCUUUUUUGUUCAUCCGCUCAUGGAAUCAGCUUCUUCAAAAGGCUGGAUAUGUGGCAAAGCCUUUCACUCGCCAAGAGAACACCAUGAUUCAGACCUGUUCUGUUGCCUGCUACAGCAUUGCUGUUGGAGGUGGAUUUGCGUCUUAUCUAUUGGGAUUGAACAGGAAGACAUAUGAGCUAUCAGGGGAGCACAACGAGGGAAACUCUCUACGUAGUACCAAGGAACCUGGGUUUGGUUGGAUGACCGGCUUCCUUUACCUAGUCUGCUUUGUUGGUCUUUUUGUCUUGAUACCUCUUAGAAAGGUCAUGAUAGUAGACCUGAAAUUGACGUAUCCAAGUGGGUUGGCAACAGCAGUUCUCAUCAAUGGUUUCCAUACUCGUGGUAACAAGAUGGCUAAGAAGCAAGUUAAAGGGUUCAUGAAGUAUUUUUCAGUGAGUUUCUUGUGGGGACUUUUCAAGUGGUUUUACAGUGCAACAGAAGAAUGUGGAUUCUCCCAGUUCCCCACGUUUGGGUUGCAAGCUUGGAAGAACACAUUCUACUUCGAUUUCAGUGCCGUUUUUGUGGGAACAGGGAUGAUUUGUUCGCACCUUGUAAACGUAUCGUUGCUUCUUGGAGCUGUGCUUUCUUAUGGAGUAAUGUGGCCACUUCUUAGUCAGCUUAAAGGAGAAUGGUUCCCUGAGAGUUUAGAAGAAAGUGAUAUGAAGAGUUUAUAUGGUUACAAGGUUUUUUUAUCCGUAUCUCUAAUUUUAGGUGAUGGUAUUUACAAUUUCAUCAAGAUAAUGGUUGCCACACUCAUUAAUAUCCAUUACAGGAUGAAAAAGGACCUCAAAACCGCUGUGGAAAGCCAGGAGAAGCCCAAUGAAGAGAGGCAAAAUGAAAUCUUCCUCAGAGAAACCAUUCCCAUGUGGCUUGGAAUAGCUGGAUACGUCUUCUUCUCCAUCAUUUCCAUAAUUGCUAUCCCAAUCAUGUUCCCUCAACUUAAAUGGUAUUAUGUCAUCGUUGCCUACAUUCUUGCUCCUUCUCUUGCAUUCUGCAACGCUUAUGGAGCUGGUCUUACUGACAUAAAUAUGGCCUACAACUAUGGAAAAGUCGCCCUCUUCGUGCUGGCUGCGAUGAGCGGAAAAGAGAACGGUGUGGUGGCAGGGCUUGCAGGGUGUGGUCUCAUCAAAUCUGUUGUUUCCGUGGCCUGCAUUCUGAUGCAAGAUUUCAAAACGGCACAUCUCACUUGCACAUCUCCAAGAGCAAUGUUUGCAAGCCAAGUCAUUGGCACAGCUAUAGGUUGUGUGACAGCUCCUCUUAGCUUCUUUCUGUUCUACAAGGCGUUUGAUGUUGGAAAUCCAUAUGGAGAAUUUAAAGCUCCUUAUGCAUUGAUUUAUAGAAACAUGGCUAUUCUGGGUGUCCAAGGCUUCUCCGCUCUGCCCCACCAUUGCCUACAGCUCUGUUAUGGGUUCUUUGGUUUUGCAGUGGGUGCCAACGUGGUGAGAGAUCUUUCCCCGGCAAAGAUUGGGAAAUUCAUACCACUGCCAAUGGUUAUGGCGGCGCCAUUUCUAGUUGGUGCGUACUUUGCAAUUGAUAUGUGCAUUGGGAGUCUAAUUGUGUUUGUGGGGCACAAGCUCAAUACCAAGAAGGCCGAGUUAAUGGUUCCUGCAGUGGCUUCUGGGUUAAUUUGUGGAGAAGGGCUAUGGAUCCUUCCUGCUUCAAUUCUUGCUCUGGCCAAAAUAAAACCCCCCAUCUGCAUGAAAUUUUUGGAUUCCUAGAAAAAAAUGUUUCUUCCUAAGUAUAUUGUCCUAGGGUUGGGUCAUAGCACUAGAUGGCCAGUAGUAAUAUAUAGUUCAAAAAUUAGUCUCCACAACGUUCAAAUAGCAUCAUGCUUUGUGUGAAUGAGACAUAAAGCAACAAGUAGCAGAAACAAAGAUCUUCAGAAAUCGCAUCCAGUAUUUAAAUAAACAAUAAGAGCUUUAACUUGUGCACAACCUCCAGAUGCUCCCUUGCUUUAUUUUAUAUUAUCUUUUCUCUUUCCUAUUUUGUUGGUUGGGAAAAUGGUUUACACGAAUUCAUGCCUGGAUAAUGAUCAUAAGGAGAGGGAUGCCAAGGAGAGUGACAAGAGAAUUGCGGCAUUGGAUUUGGAGAUCAUAAAGAAUAUUCACCGCUAGGAUUUUGAAGCAGACAAAACCCGUCCAUGUUCAAGAAGAAUAAAGAGAAUAAACCAGAGAAAUUCUUGGCAAAAUGUUACGGGGAAAGCCAUCUUGCUUUCUCGCCCUCAAUAAACAAUUUUACAUAAACUUAGUACAUGUUCUCAUCUUAUAGUAGAACAAAGGAAAAUAUCAUCUUUUCGUUUGAAUAUUUAACUAUUUUCUUUUAUGGCUUUUAGUUCAGUUAAAAGUAUGCUAAGGAAUUUAUAGAAGACCUAAGUUUAUUGUUAUAGAUAGUAUCUGAAGAAAUGAAAUACCAACCAACCAUCUGAAUAAUGAGAAAAGCAUAUUAAACGUUUUAAACAUUCUAUCUCAAAAUUUAUAAUUUACAGAAAUUUUAUUUGCGCAAGCAAAUUCUCAAUACCUAUAUUGUACAUCCAUCCAAUAAAAUCAUAACAUUUGUUACACAUUCAAUUGGGGUAAAAGUGAAAACAAAAUCAGCCUGUUAUAAUACCUGCCAGAACAUCAGUCUUGCCUCGUGCAUAGAUUGUGUAGACUAAACGGAUUCCAUCAAGCCAGCCAUCCAUGGAUUCCCAAGAGUCAGCAAC